AUGUCAAAAGUUCUAAAUGGAAAAAUGCGAACAAGUCCAGCCCGGGAAGCUUACAUCCGCCAAGUGCCUUAUAAUCGAGAUAAAAAAAGAAAUUCUUUUACAAGUUUACAUUCAUACGAUGAUAGCGAUGUGGCUUAUCGAAGUGCGCCGGAAUAUUUAAAACAAUUAAUGAAUACAUCAAUGUCAUCAAAUGGACAUUCAACAAGAACUUUAACACGAACACACAGUGCAAGCGACAUAACAUCAACGAGCAAUUUAAAUCGACCUGUUAGCGGAAAUCCAAAAUAUAAAACACAAGAAGAAUAUUAUGAUGAAAUUCAAUAUUUCAAAAAGGAGUUAAAAUUUACAAAAGAUGAUAAUAAUAAUUUGCGAGCGAGAAUUCGACGAUUAGAAGAAGAUAAUGCACGUAAACGUAAAGAAAUAGAUAACUUUUAUGAAACAAAUAAGGACACUGAUUUACGACGAACAUCAGAUGGUUCUACAAAAUCGACUGCCAAUGUUGUGAUGAAUUUGAAACAACGCUUAUUUAAAUUGGAUUUACAAUUAAAACAGAAAGAAGCUACAAUUGAUGAAAUGAAAACCGAUCCACGAUGGACAAAAUCGACAGAAAUAGAAAUAAUAAAUCAUGCUUUACUUAAUGAAAUUGAAAAGCUCAAAUUAGAAAAACUAAACUUUAUACAAAAUGAUUAUAUGGCUUCUAUUGAUGAAGAAAAGAAAAAUGCUGUACGCAAAUUGGAAGCUGAAAAAAGAGAAUUAAAAAUAGAAAAUGAAAGUCUAAAAAAAAAAGUUAGAGAAUUGGAAAACCCGGAACAUGAUGAACUAUUAUCAGCGCGUCGUCGUGAUGAUAGUCCCAAUAAAGAUUUACGUCGAAAAAUUGAAGGCCUGAAUGAAGCUUGCCGAGAUUAUCGAAUGGAGCUCGAACACAAAAACGAUGAACUUAAACAACUACGACAUGAACGUGAUCAAUAUCGUAAAAAAUCCAGUCAGCUGACUGAUGAUCUAGAAGAAUUACGAGCAGAACAAAAUCGAAAAAUGAAAACCAAUGAAACGAAUCGUUCAUCGCCAAUAUCAAGUCGUGAUGACGACAGAGGUAGAAAAGUUAAUCAAUCACCACGUUCACGUCACGAUUCAAAUCGGUCUGAUGAAUUUAUUGUCAGGGAUUCACAUACACCUACACGGAAAUCCAAAGAACACAUUGGUUCACAUUCACCAUUGAGCUCAAGAAAAACAGCGAUAUCAUCAACAGUACCGCCACAAAAUUGGCGUCGUCAUGGUUGGACUAGUUUUGACGAAGAUCGCCUGAAACGUUUCCGUGAAAAACAUGCAGCAACUAUUAUUCAACGAGGUUGGCGUGAACAUAAUAAAUCAUAUAGAAGUUCGAUUACAUCUAAAACAAGACAAAACAAUUUUGAUAAACGCAACCCAAAGAUUGGCGGAAUGAAAUCAUCAGAGAUCGUAUCACCGCGAACCAGUCCACAUAAAUUCGGUUCGAAUAUUGAUCAUCUCGACAGUAGCUACAACAAAAAUCGACCAACAUCAGCUGGCACUUCGAAUGAAUCCGCUUUAAAAAGUGUGCAAGCAGCAUUACGUGGAUGUAUUAAGCGACUUGACAUGGGUAAACCUUCUCGUAGUCAGAUUGAUGAUGAUGACUUUAUUCGGAAGCCAUCAAAACAAUUCGGACCACAAUACGAAAGUGACAGAAAACGAGAGAACUUUUUCAAAACUUCCAUCACAGAUAGUAAUCGUCUUUACAAUGAUAAAAUUGGGUCGAAUAGCCGUUUACCAAUAAGCAAUCGAGAUUCAAUAUCGAAUUUUCACCAAUCCGCUUCACCGCCUCUUGAUAGAUAUCGACCAUUGUCACCGAAUGUUAGUGGUGGAAGUGGUUCCAAACAGCCUAUGCCCUAUGAUCGAAAUAAAUUUGGAUUUGAAAAUCGAUCUAUUCAUGAAUCGCCUUUGAAACCUCAACGACCAUCUUCGCCUUCGAACGAUCAUCGAUCAUCUCCACGUAUGUCACCUGAAGAUGCUCGACCAUCAUCUCGUCUAAGUAACACAUCAUUAAGAAAAAGUACAGCAUAUUCGAAACAACCACCGAAAAAUGGCUAUGAUCAUGACGACGACGAUGAUAUUGAAGGUUUUUAA